CCAAGUGGGUCAUUAGGGUUUCAUAUUUAUAAAACCCGGCGAAAGCUUUGCUGCGUAGCUCUUCUGCCGAAAAGGAACCCACAGGGCGGAGCGUUUUCUCCAGCAGCAACAGCUACAAUGGUGAAGUACUCGAGGGAGCCCGACAACCCCACCAAAUCCUGCAAGGCCAGGGGAUCCGAUCUCAGAGUUCAUUUCAAGAACACUAGGGAGACAGCACAUGCCAUCAGGAAGCUGCCUCUAGCCAAGGCCAAGAGGUAUUUGGAGGAUGUGCUUGCCCACAAGCAGGCCAUACCUUUCACUCGCUUCUGUGGAGGUGUUGGGAGAACUGCUCAGGCAAAGAACAGACAUUCUAAUGGACAGGGGCGCUGGCCUGUGAAAUCUGCCAAGUUUAUCCUGGAUUUACUCAAGAAUGCUGAAAGCAAUGCUGAGGUGAAAGGUUUGGAUGUUGAUGCUCUCUACAUUUCGCACAUUCAAGUAAACCAGGCCCAGAAGCAAAGGCGCCGAACAUACCGUGCUCAUGGAAGAAUAAACCCGUACAUGUCAUCACCCUGCCACAUUGAGUUGAUUCUAUCUGAAAAGGAAGAACCCGUCAAAAAGGAGCCCGAAUCACAAUUGGCCACAAGCAAACCCAGGAAGGCUUGAGCUCUUGGUGAUUGCCGGAUCAUAUAGUUGUUCGAUGAGUUUUGAAAUUGUCUUAUGUGUUCCAUCUUGAAUCCAUGUUCUGUUAUUUACAUAAUGAUUUUUAUAUUAGAAGAUUAUGGGAUUUAUUUAUGGAUUGGCUGCUUUUGUUAAAUGCUAAAUGGUAGAAUGCUUGUUGGACUUUUAACUGGCCUUAUUGUCGCUAAGCGAAGCUGCAAUUUCUAUCAUAGA